AUGCGGCUUGCGGAAGACUGGUUUUUAUCCACUGGAAGGGCCUUGCUGGUUCUGUCCUCAAUUAUAAAGUUUACUUCUGGAGCUGCCAUAGGAAGCUCUGCCGUUAAUAGCUCCUCGAUUUACAAAUCUUCUUCAUCGAAAUCCUUUAGGACCAGCAGUGAGCAAAGCACAAGCUCCAUUGACCCAUCUUCAAGCAGUCUCUCUUCAUCUACCGCCAAGCAUCCUACUGUCAUUGUCUCCAGUAGCAGUGUUCCGUAUGGCUUUGGAUCCAGCUCAUCCAACGUGGUGUCUACGUCAAGCUCCAAGUCCUUAAUUGGCACUGGAAACAUUGCGCAAAGCACGGAUAGCUCGGUGUCUUCGACUGUGCCAGUUACUUCCCAACCUACAAGCACCCCAUCUUCUCGUUCAAAUGCAGUAUCCUCUGUCUCAAGCACCAGCCAGCCCUCAAGCAUUGAGAGCGCUCCAAAUACUGGAAGCUCCAUUCAAAGUAGCAGCCACACUCGCUCUUUGAUUUCCAGUGCUUCAUCUACAGUAACCUCAGGUACUGGCCUCGAUGUCUCAUCAAUUCCGCCUUCAAGCAGUGGUAGUAGCAAGAGCCUCUCUCCGCUAGGUACCAACUCCGGCGGGCCUUCCAUUAUAUCGUCUACGAUUGUUGAGUCAGGUAGCACAAUUGCAGUCCCAAUUAUCACUGGUGGCACAUACUCGGCCCCAAUCACUCUUCCACCUGCUACAUCGACCAUCCAAAGCUCUGAAGCAUCAUCAAGUGCAUCAUUACUAUCCUCAGAUAUUGUUGGUUUGAUCCCAAUUAUCAGUUCAUGGAAAAAGAACCCAGAUCCUCUCAAAACGGAGGCUCUUGAUCAUGUCAAAGAGAUACAGGGCAAAGUUGAGGGACUUAUUUCUGAUCUUGGUUCCCCAUCUUCCUCUUCUGGGUGUGGCUCAAAGAAGAAGAAGAGAGGGUUGUUUGAUUCAAUUGGCAAUCUCGUUAAUUCAUUGUCAUGCAUUGAUGAGGAUCUAAACAAGGUCAAAGACGAUAUCAGUACAAAUAAUGUUGAUUCACUGGAUGCCACGAUAGAUGAGCUCACACAGAAUAACGACAACCUUACUGAGAAUGACAAUGAAGACAACAGCGAGAGCAAUUCCAACUCUGAUUCAUCAACCACCACCUCAUCCUCAUGCACAGAUUUAUCGACAGCAUUCAAGGUGACCAUCAAGUGUGUACCUACUUCUUUCAUUACAGGAAGUUCCACUCUGCCUACAACAACUUGUACACCUUCAACAACUGUCACUACUGUUGGAUGUUCAGUGACCGGAUUGACAACCACCAUUUCGACCUCUGCUUCAGCCACUGGUACCCAAAUCCCAUGUGCUUCUGACACAUGCGGCAACGCAUGUCCGAUGAACAAAGGUCCUUUGAGUGGUGCUAGCAUGGGUGUGAUAGCAACAACAGAAAACUGCGCAUUGAUUUCAACAAGUACAACUGCUACCUUGCCCACUGGUAGCUAUGGUGUUGCUGGGAGCAUUGGAGUUACAGCCCCAACACAGUCUAGCUCUGCAUCCAAGAGGAGCCCUUCUAACAGCGAUGAUAAUCAUCUCGUGGAUCGCUCAUUGGUUGAACGUGCUCUUUCCGACGUUUCACCUCCAUAUGCCGACUAUAUCAGGUCUCUAACGCCGGUCUGGGUUAGUCAAUUGGGCGAUGCAUCAGGACAGUGGUUUGACUUCCCAGCAUUUGGUCACUCGGCUGCGGGUGUAAAUGGUAUCUACGGUUGUACAGCGGUGAUUAUCACAUCUGAGAAAGGCGUUUACAUUUCCCACAUUUGGGAAGUGCCAGUCUUCAUUCAUGAAGACUACAGUCCAACCGACGAUGGUUACUUUGUGACCGCAGCUUUCAAUUCCCUACGGGAUGGUACAUCAUUUGCACAAAGUGUGACUGGUCUAAUCGGAACUGAUCAAAACCCCGGCGUUCUGAAUGCCAUAUACGCUCCCAAAGUGUUUGUUCUCACACCUUACACCACCGAAUUUGAUCGACAAAUGUUUGGAAUCUCGACCAAGCUGAGGUAUCAAGACCGGGCCAACGACCUUGCGCAACGAUUAGCAAACGCCAUCCCCGGCUCUGGGGCUCAAGGAACUGUCAUGGGAUACACACGCACGAGUCAACAGGCAUCUACCCAGGAGCCAGGUGUUGCAGGUAGAGCUAUUUUGGAGGUUGAUCCCUUUCAAACAUGGCUUACCUCAGAAAAUGAUCCAAACUCUGCGGGUCUUCAAGUUGGUCGCUGGCGCCUGUGGGUAGAAGAUCAGUUGAUCACUUACCAAGACUUCUGGCUUCCCCAUGCUGAAGUUUCUGCAGGAACAUUGCAGAAACGAGAUGGUGGAAGCGAGCUUCUCAUCCACGCCAAGAUCGUCAUCUUCAUUCAGUUCUUCGGCAUCAGCAUCAUCCACAGGAUUAACUUCGUCGUCAUCCAUAGGCUCAUCUUUCACGCCAUCUUCAGAAGCGAGCUUCUCAUCCACGCCAAGCUCGUCAUCUUCAUUCAGUUCUUCGGCAUCAGCAUCAUCCACAGGAUUAGCUUCCUCGGCAGAACCAGCCUCAUCUUCAGGAAUAACCUCGGCGCCAGUCACAUCUGCACCAAGCCCAAGUUCAACUCCACAUACUCAAAGUUCGUAUAUUAUACUACAUUCCCAUCAAGCAUCACACCGAAGUCAAGUGCAACUCAAGCGCCGACGACCGCGACUCCUGAGCCUAUCGUCAAAACCGAAGAUGGAAACAUUAUCUCCUACCCCUCGCGGACCAUUGAAUACGGGGAAGUAUACGGCAAGCAAUACACAUUCACCAAUGGCGCAGGCUCACCGGUGACCUUGGAGACGGCUGCUCCAACCCAGACAGAUGUCAACAACAAAGGCUCGAGUCAAUGCUCCAGUGUUGAUGAUGCUUGUCAGCGUGCUUAUGAGCAAUUUGAGGAUGAUACUGUCUACAGCGACUUUGCAUCAUAUACUGCCAAGAUCCAGAGUGGUAUGGUCAUGGUAGCCUCCUUUGGCCAAGCCGGUUGUGUUGCCCAGUAUAAGUGUGAUGACUACGGAUUUGGAAUGACCGGUCGACAGAUCAAGGAUGCGGUUGAAUAUAUGAAGGAUAAUGAUGGCAUCAAAAAGUGUGGCACUACCUAUCUUUCCAACUCGUGCCAUGUCACACUGAAUUACUGUACCAGUUGCAAGGCGCAACACUAA